UAUAUAAGUCCAUAUACAUUGCAACACCUUAACGACACACGCACAGAGAUAAUUAAUGGAUCAAAAUCAUAUUCUCCUCACUUCUUUUUCAUCCUUGAUCUUUCUUAUCUAUCUUUACAGGUUUCUUAUACGCAGAAAGGUGAGAAAUCCACCACCAAGUCCACCUUCUCUUCCAAUAAUCGGCCAUCUUCAUCUGAUUACCAAAGGACCUGUUCAUAGAGUGCUUGAGCAGCUUUCUUCCAGGUAUGGUCCUGUUAUGGCUCUUCGUUUUGGCAAUCGCCCUGUGCUCGUAGUAACCUCUCCAUCAGCUGUCGAAGAGUGUUUCACCAGAAACGACAUCGUGUUAGCCAAUAGACCACUUCUUCUAAGCGGCAAAUAUCUUGACUACGACCACACCACACUUGGUGCUGUACCUUACGGCCGUCUCUGGAGAGACCUCCGCCGUAUUACCACCCUUGAACUCUUCUCAACAACCAGACUCAAGGCUUACAUGGGAGUCCGACAUGAUGAAGCAAGAUCAUUAGUUAUGUCUCUGUUCCAAGAUUCCGGAACUAAAGAUUUCGCGAGAGUAGAAAUGAGAUCAAGAAUUCAAGCUGUAUCGUUUAAUAUAGUCAUGAGGGUUGUCGCCGAUAAACGGUUCUACGGAACGGAGGUGGCGGACAAUAAAGAAGCUGAGAAGUUCAGGGAUAUAAUAAGGGAUGUAUUCGAAAUCAGUGGGGCAUCAAAUCCAGCUGACUUCAUCCCUCUUUUAGAAUGGAUUGAUAUUCAGGGUUUGAAUAAAAAGCUUUCGAUGUUGCAAAAGGAAACCGAUACCUUUUCACAAAGCCUGAUAGAAGAACGUCGGAGCAAACGCCGGAAUUCUUCUUCCGAGGAAGGAAAGCCCAAGACAUUCAUCGACGCUAUGCUUUCUUUGCAGGAAUCAGAACCAGAAUACUACACCGAUGAUAUAAUCAAAGGCAAUAUACUGACAUUGCUACUCGCCGGAACAGACACAUCAUCGGGGACAAUAGAAUGGGCUAUGUCGCUUCUACUGAAUCACCCCAACGAGUUGGAAAAAGCUAGAGCAGAGAUCGAUGAACAUAUUGGACAUGAACGUUUGGUAGAAGAGACUGAUUUUCCAAAUCUUCCAUACAUUCAAUGCAUCGUGAACGAAUCUCUUAGACUGUUCCCGGUAGCACCAUUGUUGGUGCCACACGAGCCUUCAGAAGACUGCACGAUUGGAGGAUUCGACGUGUCAGGUGGCACGAUGGUGUUGGUGAAUGCAUGGGGUAUCCAUAGGGACCCGAAAGUGUGGGAGGAUCCGUUAAGUUUCAAGCCAGAGAGGUUUGAAGGAAUGGGAAAUGCAAAUGAGGGGUAUCGGUUUAUUCCGUUUGGAAUGGGACGUCGGCAGUGUCCUGGUUCAGGGCUUGCGAAUAGGGUGGUGAGUUUGGCGUUGGCGUCGUUGAUUCAGUGUUUUGAAUGGAAAAGAGUUGGGGAAGAGCUGGUGGGUUUGUCGGAAGGGAAAGGUCUAACCAUGCCUAAACAAGAGCCUUUGGAGGCAAUGUGUAGAGGACGGCAAAGAAUGAGUCUUGUUCUUAGUCAGCUAUGAAAAUGGUGUUUUGUUUUCAUAUACCUCAAUAUUAAUAUAUUUUAAUUU